AUGGAUAUCUUGGAUAUGGAAGGUCAAACAGCUCCAGAGUCCACUCGUGGUCUUUUUGACCCGCCUCAGGAGCCAAAGUCAUCGGCAAGGAAAUGCUGGUCGGAUGACAAGCGCCACUCAGCUCUUGAGCUUUCCAAUGCAUUCAAUGAGGACCCAUCCUCUCAUCCACGUAGCAAGUCGGCAACGUUUACAGUGCGUCCUUCACUUCAUCAACAUCGGAGUGCUUUGCAUACUGUGAGUGAAGAAGGAGAUGGCACUGCUGGUGGUAGAUAUGGAAAACGCUUGGAUGAUCCAAUUUCAUUGCAACGUAAACAUCGAUCCUCUGCUUUAUUUAAUAACUUUCCUAUGGGAUCUAUGGGACAAAUGGAUUCUCAAGAUCCAGAUGAUGACGAUGAUGCAGCAGCUGCUGCUUAUUCAAGAGCCGAUGUCCUUGCAGAAGCAGAAGCCAAAUUGACAGGUGCCUAUCCUAAUCGUGGACGCCCUACGCAACAGCAGCAGCAAUCACUUGUUUUGACAGAAGGGUAUGAUCGACGUCGCUAUAAAGCCGAUGAUUUGUAUCAGGAUCCACAACAGCAGCAACAUCAACAAGCGCUCUUUGCUCUGCAAAAGCAACAAAAGUACAAUCGUCGUCUCUCCGAACCCAGCACUCGCCCUUCUUAUUACCGUCAUUCUUCAGACGUGGAACAUUACGACUCUCAGCAACGUCGAUCGCUUAGCAAUUACGGUCACCAAAACAAACGCACUUCAUUGCAAUGGUCGCCUUCCCAUUAUGACGAUGAGUACAGCCUUGAUUACCGUAGAGCAACAGCAGCAACAGCAGCAGCACCACCUCCUGCACCACCACCUCCUGCUGGCAAAGCCGGUGGAUUGACAUUGGAUAUUACAAGAAGCAAUCGACGUUCAUCACAUAAUUAUGGUGUUGAUUGGCGAGCUUCCAAUGCAUCCAUGGUCUCUGCUCGUAGCCCUACAUCCAAUCGAUCAUCAUGUGCUUGGGUUCCCUUUACACCUACCAAUGUGACAUUCCCUCGUGAGGAUCAACAAUUGCCACAGCAACAACAACGCCGUGCAUUAUUCGUGGCCCAUCUCCCAUUCUCAGCACUUGUCCCAUUGCUGAAGAAGCAUCAAUUAGUGAGCGGCAUCCUACGAGUCAACAAGCGCAAUCGUUCCGAUGCCUAUGUCUUUUGUGAGGAGUUGAAUGCCGAUAUUUAUAUUUGUGGAUCCCGUGAUCGUAAUCGAGCAUUGGAAGGCGAUGUGGUGGCAAUCAAGCUUGUGGAAGUUGAAAAGGUGAUCCGUGAGAAGCAGGAAAAGGAGCAAGCCAAGGUCAUGCGUAACAAUGGUCAACCCAUCGUGCGUAAACCGGAUGAGGAGGAUGAAAAGGAGAUCAUGUUUGGUGGUGAAGAAGAUGUUGACAAGGUCAAACCAAAAUAUUGCGGCGUUGUCGUGGCCAUUCUUGAACGUCCCCAAACUCAAGUCUUUUCUGGUACCCUUGGUCUCACUCGUCCUAGCAACAAGCGCUCCAACAACAGAAACGAUAACAACGAUGAUGAUGAUUCCCAUUCCGUACGCAGUGAUGCAUCACCCCGCAUUGUAUGGUUCAAACCCACGGAUAAGCGUGUGCCACUUAUUGCUAUCCCUGUUGAACAAGCACCUCAGGGCUUCCUUGAAUGUAGUCAACAAUUUGAGAACAGGCUAUUUUUGGGCUCUAUCAAGCGUUGGCCUAUCACUUCAUUGCAUCCAUUUGGUGUUCUUGAAAGCGAGUUGGGUCAUGUAACCGAUCUCAUCGUCCAAUCCCGUGCUAUCUUGGCCGAUAACAAUUUCUCCUUUGAGCCAUUUUCGGAUCCUAUCAUGCGCUCCCUGCCACCAACUCCUUGGUCUUUGACAGACGACAUGAUCCAUUCUCGUCUUGACCUCCGGGCCAUUCGCAGCAUCACUAUCGCUGGUGAUGGAGCUCUUGAUAAUGCUUUAUCAAUCCAACGCAAGAACGAUAAUCUCUAUGAAGUGGGCUUCCAUGUGGCUGAUCUCUCGGUGUUCGUCAAGCCCCAUUCUCCCCUUGACAAAGAAGCCAAAGCACGUGCAGCUGCCUUGUACCUUUAUGAAAGUGCUCCUCUAUGGCCUGAACAACUAUUACAUGAAUGCGUCAACUUUGUACCUCGUAGUGCAAGAUUGGCAUUUUCGGUUUCAUGGAAGCUUGAUCAAUCUGGCAAGGUGCUUGAUAUCUGGUACGGGCGUACCGUGAUUGAAUCACAUGGUGUUCUUACUACGAGCGAAUUACAAGAUAUCUUGGAUGGCAAUGGUAUACCGGACCAUAUUUCAAUUGGAGAUCAUGAGAAGCCAGAAUGGGAAGAUGACAUCAACAUGCUUUAUUCGCUGUCGCAAAGCCUAAAGCAAGCACGUCGUCGUGAUGGUGCGCUUUUCCUUUCCAAACAAAAGAUCAACAUCGAUAUCAAUCAAGAUGGAAGUCCCAAAAAGAUCUCACUUGCAACACGCUUCCCCGCUGAAGAUAUCAUGGAUGAAUUCAAAAUCUUGGUCAAUACAGGCGUUGCCCAAAAGAUAUCAAGCCAUUUCCCUGAUCAUGCUUUAUUGCAGUCCCAGGCACCACCUAAUGAACGUAAACUGCGUGAGCUUGCUCGUUACCUUCGUGGACUUGGAUACACGAUUGAUCCAUCAACAGCACAAAAUUUGCAGCAGACCGUGGAUGGGAUCGAGAACGAAGCCGCUAAAACCGUUAUCACGACCUUAGCACUCAAGACCAUGUAUCCUUCCAAAUUCUUUUGCACCGGCAAAUUUGAUAUCAAUCGCUAUUAUCAUUACAACCUCAAUGCACCUUUGUAUACGCAAUUCACGUCACCAACACGUUGCUAUGCAGAUCUCAUUGUGCACCGCCAAUUGGAAGCCGUGUUGGCUGGAGAUAAACGCUUCUAUUUGGAGAGUGAGAUCAUUCAAAAGAUUGCACGCCAUUGCAAUGUGAAAGGAUUGGCUGCCGAGAAUGCACGUGAGCAAUCACAGCACUUGUUUAUGUCGCGAUACCUUAUCAAGUUGGGAUCGACAGCAACCACACAUGAAGCUAUCGUGGUGGGUGUGCAAGACCAAGCCUUUGAUGUGAUGGUGCCUGAUAUGGAUCUUGAACGCCGUAUCCAUGUGAUCAAUCUACCCCUGGAGACGCAUAAAUAUAGUCCCGCUGAUGGUGUGCUUCAUCUAUUCUGGAAAACAGGUGUAGCAACAGCCGAUACCAUGGCAGAGCAAGCGGAUGCUAUGGCUGAAUUGGAGGAAGAAGAGGAAGAGGAUGUGCAAUUAUCACCCACCAUUUCAGCACCACCAUCCACCACAGCUGAUCAUCUAGCGAGUGAUGCCGUGCACGAAUUGUCGAUCAAAUCAGUGUCGUCACCUCCAUCAGCUGAACAACCUUUCAAACGACGUCCUCGAUCCAUGUCGCUUCGUGUUGUCGAAGGCGAGAAUCCUUGGACAAGUCAGCAAGAAUGUACAAUACCAGAUGAAUCACGUCAAGUUAUCCGACCCUUUGAUUACAUUCGUGUGGUCAUCACCAGCGAUCCUGACAGAAGUCCCCCCUUGAUUCGCGUUCUUGCAGCUAACCCGUUUGUAUAA